AUGUCCUCCAGCUCGAACGCGCCCUCCCCCGCCGCUACCAGCCCUGUGGUCUCGUCCCAGGCCCGCAUCUCCGACUCGAAGAAGGAGGAGCAGAAGCAGAAGGCAGCAGCCAAGAAGGCGACCGAUGCUCUCUACAUGGCGAGAAUUGGUGAGGAAAGGCGAGGCCUAUAUGAUACGGCAGUAGACAUUGCCGACGAGUUCGAUAUGGACUACCGAGACGUUCUCGUGGAACUCUUCCACACGCGGCGGGAAGUCGCAGGCAACCGCGAGGCGAGCGGCUUCAACGAGUAUGUUGCCGAGUGUGUACCCAUCGUCAACAGUCGGCUACACAUACGCACGCGUGCCGAAGUUCUCCUCGUCGUCGCUCCUGGCAACGAGGACCGUCAAUUUACGCCCAACGUGCGCUCAACGCCGGACAUGGACCUGUUCGUCAUGAAUGCAUUCAAUAUCAUGCCUAUCAAGCUCGGCGACAAGUUCUGCCAUAAGCAGUUCGGAGGGAAGUCGAAAGCCGCGCCGAACAGGAACGACAAGGUCGUUGAAUCCCGCGACAGGAUCUCGUCAGGCCUGCAUAGAAUCCUACGUCUACACGACAAAAUAGCGGAGGGCGAGAUGGUCGAGAUGCAGUAUGCGAACUACAACGAGCUCGUGGAGCAGUACGGCGUCGCCCUUGUCAACUGGCCGCCCGAGGGCGAGCCCAUGCUGAACCCUCAACUGGUAGCAGGAAAGGGGAAGUUGGACCUGCUACACAAGGGGCUGAAGGACGGGAGCAUCUAUUGGGCGCGCAUGACGGACGAGGAGAUGGAGAAGCGAAGGAGCGACCUCGAAGCAAGCAUUGAGCGUGGGGAGGUUGUUCUCCAGCCGAAGCGCAAGGGUAAGAAGGAUGCUUCAACCAAACCACCACCGGCUAAGAAGUCUCGCACCCGCUCUCGCAACCGCUCUCCGCCGUCCUCGUCCUCGCCUUCUCCUGCGCCCUCCCCAGCUCCCUCCGCCGAGGCCGCGUCGCAGGCAGCCGCGCCUGCAGCUGUGGCGCCGGGGCCGAUACGCUCAGACGCGGCCGCACCCUUCCACACCGGUGCUCCCUCGGAUGGCAGCCGCCACGCCUACACGCCCGCGCCCGGCACGCUCGUUGACCAUCAGCUGAACGGCGGCGCACCGCGUAUGCAACUUCCCGUCCAGCAGCCCCAGCCCACAUACGCCGCACAGCAGCCAGCCGCCUAUCCGCCUCAGCACGAGCUCGACGCCCUUCGCAUGCCACCGCCCACCCGCCCGCCUUCCAUGGCAUACUCGCAAGCCGCCGGCGCUAUUCAGCCGAUGGGCCCUCGUGGACACCAGCAGGGCAGUGCGUUUGGUGGUUACGCCUACCCGCCGCCUCGACAGGGUGCACAGGUCACUCCAGUCAGGACGCCAUCCCGUGCAUAUCCCUCGCAGGGCAUGCAGCCUGGCCCGUACUAUACCCCGCCUUCUUCUCGACCCCCCUCCCUUCCUCCCUCUCGACCUCCCUCUUCAUACAGCUAUCAACAACCACCCGCCUUCGCACAGCCUCAGCCUGGCACACCAUCCCGUCAGCAUGCCAGUCUGCCUCAGGAACGACUCGGUCAGCAGGGGCAUAUGCCUCUAUACAUGUAG